GGUGGGCGGAAGUAGCAGAGUGAGUGGGAUUGCAGCAGCAUGAGCAGCAACAUGGCGGCCGAGGGAGCGGAUGCGCUGGAGCUCUUCGUCAGCCUGGGGCUGAGCGAGAGCAAAGCUCGCGAGACCCUCCGGAACGAGGCCCUCACCGCGUUGCUGCGCGAGGCAGCCCUGCAGACACGAAGAAUUCUUGGUCCAUCAUUUGACAAGACAUUGGGCACUUUAUUAUAUAAUGUGGCCUCCCGGCUUAAAGACCCAAAGCAUCUUGGCUUCCUCGUGGAGUACAUUGCUACCAAGAAAAUUGUUACAGAUCUACAGAUCAAUGCUGCUCUGGAGUACAUUAAAAGCCACCCUGUGGACACCAUUGAUCCAGCAGAGUUUGACCGAGCAUGUGGUGUUGGUGUGAUUGUAACACCAGAGCAGAUAGAAGAGGCGGUGGAAGCUGCCAUCAGCAAACACCGAGCUCAGCUCCUUUCAGAGCGGUAUCGCUUUAACAUGGGCCUUCUGAUGGGAGAAACACGGAGCAAGCUGAAGUGGGCUGAUGGGAAAAUCAUCAAGAAUGAGGUUGACCUACAGGUUCUCCACUUGCUGGGCCCAAAGACAGAAGCUGAUCUGGAAAAGAAAGCUAAGGCCCCAAAGUCCCGUGCAGCAGAGCCAGACAAGAAGGGGAAGGCAGCUGUGGUAGAAAAUGGUGAUGUGUACCAAGAGACAAAAUCCCUCAUGGAGCAGCUGAGAGGUGAAGCCCUCAAAUUCCAUAAACCAGGUGAGAACUACAAAACAGAAGGCUACGUAAUCACUCCAAACACCAUGAACCUCCUGAAGCGGCAUCUGGAGAUCACAGGUGGACAGGUACGCACACGAUUUCCUCCUGAACCCAAUGGUAUCCUGCAUAUUGGUCAUGCCAAAGCAAUCAAUUUCAAUUUCGGCUUUGCCAAGGCAAAUGGUGGGAUUUGCUUCCUGCGCUAUGAUGAUACAAAUCCUGAAAAGGAGGAGGAGAAGUACUUUACAGCCAUCCGUGACAUUGUGGAAUGGCUAGGAUAUACUCCUUAUGCGGUGACACAUGCCUCUGACUACUUCGACCAUUUGUAUGCCUGGGCUGUGGAUCUUAUCCAGAGGGGCCAUGCUUAUGUUUGCCACCAGAAGGUGGAGGAAAUCAAAGGACACAACCCACCCCCUUCCCCAUGGCGGGACAGGCCAAUUGAGGAGUCGCUCUUGCUUUUUGAGGACAUGCGCAAAGGAAAGUUUGCAGAGGGUGAGGCCACACUGCGCAUGAAAUUGGUGAUGGAGGAUGGAAAGAUGGACCCCGUUGCUUAUCGCAUCAAAUAUACCCCGCACCACCGCAGUGGAGACAAAUGGUGCAUCUAUCCCACCUAUGACUACACACACUGCCUUUGUGACUCCCUGGAGAACAUUACUCACUCACUGUGCACCAAAGAAUUCCAGGCCAGACGCUCCUCCUAUUUCUGGCUCUGCAACGCUCUGGAUGUCUACUGUCCUGUGCAGUGGGAAUAUGGACGCCUCAAUCUGCUCUACACGGUCGUCUCCAAACGGAAGAUCAUUCGCCUAGUAGAGGCAGGGGCAGUCAGGGACUGGGAUGACCCACGGCUCUUUACAUUAACAGCUCUGCGACGUCGAGGCUUUCCCCCAGAGGCAAUAAACAACUUCUGUGCUAGGGUGGGCGUGACGGUUGCCCAGUGCACCAUGGAACCCCACAUGCUGGAAGCUUGUGUGCGGGAGGUGCUAAAUGAACAGGCGCCACGGGCCAUGGCUGUGCUGGAGCCACUGCGGGUGACCAUCACAAAUUUUCCUGAACUACACAAAACCAUUGAUGUCCUUGUACCAAAUUUCCCUGCGGAUGAGACCAAAGGCUUCCACAAAGUCCCCUUCCAUCCAGCUGUCUAUAUUGAGCAGAGUGACUUCCGUGAGGUUCCAGAUAAAGGCUAUAAACGUCUGGCGCCUGACCAGCCAGUGGGUCUGAGGCAUACAGGCUACGUCAUUGCUGUCCAGAACAUCAUUAAGGACACUGAUGGACAUGUACAAGAGCUUGAGGUGACCUGCACAAAGUCGGAGGCGGCAGAGAAGCCCAAGGCCUUUAUCCACUGGGUGUCAGAUCCUCUUAUCUGUGAGGUUCGGCAGUAUGAGCGCCUAUUCCUACACAAGAAUCCUGAAGACCCCACAGAGGUGCCAGGGGGAUUCCUAAGUGAUGUAAACCCUGAUUCCCUCCAUGUAAUUGAGAAAGCUUUAGUGGACAGAUCUGUGACUGGAGCUAAACCAUUUACCAAAUACCAGUUUGAGCGGCUUGGCUAUUUCUCUGUAGAUCCUGACACAACAGAUUCAAAGCUUGUGUUCAAUCGAACAGUGACCCUGAAGGAAGAUCCUGGGAAGGUGUGACAAAGUUUCCACAGGCGGUUUCUUGCUGGCUAGAAAAUUGUACAGGAGUCACUUCCCCAACUCCUUCCCCUGCUUAGACAGGGGUGAUGGUGGUGUGCAACACCUGCACAGUUGUCUACUGUAGUGCCACAGUUGCCUUAACAUGCAUCCUGGAUACAGACUCAUCAAAUCAAUAAAAAGGAGCCUCCAUUUGUU